UGCACGCGGCCGAGCGCCGGCACGCUUUACGGCAGUAGCGAGAACGCGUGACGCCUGUCCGCCGCCUCAGUUCUCACGUGGCGUUCUCGGAGGCUCUCAGUUGUCGCGACCUGUCCUAGCGAAGCAUCCGCCACCAGCAUGAAGCGGCCGAAGUUAAAGAAAGCAAGUAAACGCAUGACCUGCCAUAAGCGGUAUAAAAUCAAAAAAAAGGUUCGAGAACAUCACAGAAAAUUAAGGAAAGAAGCUAAAAAACGAGGUCACAAGAAGCCUAGAAAAGACCCAGGAGUCCCAAAUAGUGCACCCUUUAAGGAAGCUCUUCUUCGGGAAGCUGAGCUAAGGAAACAGCAGCUAGAAGAACUAAAACAACAGCAGAAGCUUGAGAGGCAGAAAGAACCAGAAAAGAAAAGAAAACUUGAAGUUAACCCUGGUGAUGAGCAGCAGUCUAACGUGGAGCCUGAGCAGGAAUUUGGAGAGCACAAAAGCAAGAAAGCCAAGAUAGGCAAACAGAAUCCAAAGAAAUUACAUUGUCAGGAGCUUAAAAAGGUGAUUGAAGCCUCAGAUGUUGUGCUAGAAAUUUUGGAUGCCAGAGACCCUCUAGGUUGCAGGUGUCCUCAGGUGGAAGAAGCUAUUGUCCGGAGUGGACAGAAAAAGCUGGUACUUGUAUUAAAUAAAUCAGAUCUGGUACCAAAGGAGAAUUUGGAGAACUGGCUAAAUUACUUAAAUAAAGAAUUGCCAACAGUGGUGUUCAAAGCCUCAACAAAUCUGAAGGACAAAGGGAAGAAACUCAAGGUAAGGAAGAAGAAAUCUGUUCCAUUCACAAGUAAAAUCUGCUGUGGUAAAGAAGCCCUCUGGAAGCUUCUUGAAGGUUUUCGGGAGUCAUGUGGAAAAACUAUUCAGGUUGGAGUUAUUGGUUUCCCAAAUGUGGGGAAAAGCAGCAUCAUCAAUAGCUUAAAACAAGAACAGAUUUGUAAUGUUGGUGUACCCAUGGGACUUACAAGGAGCAUUCAGGUUGUCCCCUUGGACAAGCAGAUCACAGUCCUAGAUAGUCCAAGCUUCAUCAUCUCACCAUGUAACUCUUCUGCUGCACUUGCUUUACGGAGUCCAGCAAGCAUUGAAGAACUAAAACCAUUGGAGGCUGCAAGUGCCAUCCUGUCCCAGGCUGAUAGCCGGCAGGUAGUGCUGAAAUACACUGUCCCAGAGUAUAAGGAUUCUCUAGAUUUUUUUGCUAAACUUGCUCAGAGAAGAGGUCUGCAACAAAAGGGUGGAAGCCCAAAUGUUGAAGUUGCUGCUAAACUCCUAUGGUCUGAGUGGACAGGUGCCUCAUUAGGUUACUACUGCCAUCCCCCUACAUCCUGGAAUCCUCCUCCACAUUUGAAUGAGAGAGUUACUGCAGGCAUGAAGAAAGGAUUUAAUCUAGAAGAACUAGAAAGGAACAAUGCACAUAGCUUACAAGUCCUCAGGAGCCCUCACUUGGCUAAUGCCAUCCUUUUCUGUUCCUCGGGCCUCACAAAUGGAAUAAUAGACGAAAAGGAUAUACCUGGAGAAUUGCCAAGACAGAGAGAAAACAAACAGAAGAAGGGUGAAGAUGACAUGAUCAGCGACCAAGGAAAGGUUCACGGAGAAGAUAAUAAUGCAGAGAUUUCAGACAUGUCCCUUGUAGAAGAGACAAGGGGAGCAAUGCUUAAGGAAUCAACAGCAGGGGAACUAUCUGCCAGAUCAUUAAUUUUGGAUAGAAUGACUAAAGAGGAUGAUGCUUAUGACUUCAGCACAGAUUAUGUGUAACAGCACCACAUACUUUUCUGAAUGUUAACAUUUUAACCACACUGCUAAAAUCUAUGUAUGUUUUUGUAUGACAAAAACUGUAAAUCUUGUGAAUAUGUCUCUAAUACAUACAUUAUGAUAAAAAA